UAUUUAUUUUUCCAAUGCUGUACUUACAAAUACAUCUAUUUCGUAUGCGACGCAGCAUUGUAAUUUCAUUAAAAAGAAGUACAUUUGUACAUACACAUUGCAGAGAGUACGGAUCGGUCAUCUUGCAUCUCAUUUUUCCGAAUGUACAUAUACACGAAUACACAUAUACGUAUGCAUAUGUAUGCAUGUUCAUUAAACCGCCUACAUGGCAGUCUUUGAAGUUCUAUGAAAAUAAGCACAACUAGUUUGGCAACUCUUACAAGCCAAUAUUUGUCUACUGACUUUUCUAUGGCUUUAAGAAUGUAGAACAGUCUUUGUUAAAUAACUUUCGAUUAUCGUUUACAACAAUAAUAUAAAUGGAGCAUCUAUAUCUAUUACAUUUUAUAUUAAUAAUAUAAUUUAAAUACCAUAUUCCGGGUUUAUUCUUAAUAUUAAUUAAAUACGGCCGCAAUUAAAUAUAAAUAUCUAUUCAGCGAAACCAACCCACCAUAUAAGUGUAACCAAUCAUGUUAAAGUUUAUCCGAGGAAAAGGACAGCAGCCCAGUGCCGAGAGACAACGCCUACAGAAGGACCUUUUUGCUUAUCGUAAGACGGCACAGCAUGGCUUUCCUCAUAAGCCUUCGGCUCUUGCGUAUGAUCCAGUUUUAAAAUUAAUGGCAAUAGGAACGCAAACAGGGGCUUUAAAGGUUUUCGGUCAACCAGGAGUUGAAUUGUACGGACAGCAUACCUUGGUGAACAAUUCUGGAUCUGAGCUUAAUGUACAGUUACUUGAAUGGGUUUAUGGAACUGGUCGUAUACUUUCCUUGACUGCUGCGAAUCAAUUAAUUCUAUGGGAGCCCGUUGGAACAACGUUGCUGCCAAUCAAAACACUACCAUUCGACGGAAAACUUAAAAAAGUUUCAUCGCUGUGCUGUUCCUUCAGUAAGGAUCUGCUAUGGAUUGGAACUGAAGGUGGCAACAUCUAUCAACUUGAUUUACACACAUUUACCAUUAAGGAACCUGUAAUUUACCAUGACGUUGUGUUAGAACAGGUGCCACCAGCCUACAAGCUAAACCCUGGUGCAAUUGAAUCAAUCCGCCAACUUCCAAACUGCCCUAGCAAACUGCUCGUUGCUUACAAUCGCGGCCUGUGUGUUUUAUGGGAUUUUGAAACAGCUUCUGUCGAGCGAGCAUACAUAGCCCCUGGACAUGGGCAGAGCGUUGGUCUUUCAGUGAAUUUCGGAGGAACUGAAUUUAGCUGGUAUCAUGCUGAUGGUUCGUACGCCACUUGGAGCAUAGAUAACCCAGAACCACCAUCGAAUGUUAACUACGUGCCUUAUGGACCUGAUCCAUGCAAGAGCAUAAAUCGACUGUAUAAAGGCAAGAGAAGAUCCAACGAUGUAAUUGUUUUUUCAGGCGGCAUGCCACGUUCAGCAUAUGGUGAUCACAAUUGUGUGUCCGUGCACGCCAGUGAUGGGCAAAAAGUGUGUCUUGACUUUACGUCUAAAGUGAUUGACUUUUUUGUAACCUUUAAAGAUAAUAGUGACGUCGCUGAAGUUCUUGUUGUACUACUUGAAGAAGAACUAUGCGCCUACGAUCUUACUGACUCCAAUAUUUCUGCUAUCAAAGCGCCAUAUCUUCACUCUGUGCAUGCAUCAGCUGUUACCUGCAAUUACCUUGCUUCUCAAGUUACACAGCCGGUAUAUGAAAGCAUUUUACGUGCUGGGGAUGAACAAGACAUUCACUAUAGCAAUAUUAGCUGGCCUAUUACCGGCGGUACUCUCCCGGAAGACUUAGAAGAAUCUGUAGAAGAAGACACGUCUAAGCUUUACGAGAUUCUGUUAACUGGUCACGAAGAUGGUUCUGUUAAAUUUUGGGACUGUACUGGAGUGUUACUUAAACCAAUUUAUAAUUUUAAAACUAGCAGCAUUUUUGGUAGUGAGUCAGACUUCCGAGAUGACGCAGCAGCAGAUAUGAGUGCGGAACAAGUCGAUGAAGGAGAGCCGCCAUUUAAAAAAUCAGGUGUUUUUGAUCCCUAUUCGGAUGAUCCUCGUUUGGCAGUGAAGAAAAUAGCAUUCUGCCCAAAAACCGGACAACUUAUUGUUGGUGGCACAGCGGGCCAAAUUGUCAUAGCCGACUUCAUAGACGUACCCGAAAAAGUAUCUUUGAAAUACAGCUCAAUGAAUUUGGUCAGCGACCGUGAUGGCUUUGUUUGGAAGGGUCACGAUCAGUUAAAUGUGCGAUCUAACUUAUUAGACGGAGACGCGAUUCCUACAACGGAACGUGGUGUAAAUAUAUCAGGAGUGCUGCAGGUUUUGCCGCCAGCGAGCAUUACAUGCAUGGCACUUGAAGCAAGUUGGGGACUUGUAUCUGGUGGGACUGCGCACGGUUUAGUACUCUUUGACUUCAAAAACUUUGUUCCUGUAUUUCAUCGCUGCACAUUAAACCCGAAUGAUCUCACUGGAGCAGGAGAGCAGCUGUCUCGUCGAAAGUCUUUUAAGAAAUCAUUGAGGGAGUCAUUUAGAAAGCUUCGGAAGGGUCGUUCGACUAGGAACAACCAGAGCAAUCAGGUACCAACAACGCUGGAAGCUCGACCAGUCGAGAGACAAAUAGAGGCACGAUGUGCAGACGACGGACUGGGAUCCAUGGUUCGAUGUUUGCUAUUUGCCAAAACCUAUGUUACUAACGUCAACAUUACGUCACCAACUUUAUGGUCAGCAACAAAUGCCAGUACCGUCUCAGUUUUUCUUUUGCAUUUGCCACCAGCGCAGACUGCUGCAACUGCCGUUCCGUCGGCAAGUGGCAAUGGACCACCACAGAUGCCGCGCCGCGUUUCCGCCCAGCUUGCUAAAGAAAUUCAAUUAAAACAUCGUGCACCUGUGGUGGGUAUUUCUAUUUUUGAUCAGGCGGGUAGCCCUGUCGAUCAGCUAAACGCCGGUGAAAACGGUAGUCCACCGCAUCGUGUCCUUAUUGCUUCCGAGGAACAGUUUAAAGUAUUUUCACUUCCGCAACUAAAGCCGAUCAACAAAUAUAAGCUUACCGCUAACGAGGGUGCUCGAAUUAGGCGCAUCCAUUUCGGUUCGUUUAGUUGUCGCAUAUCGCCGGAGAUUCUGCAGAGUAUGCACGGUUCUAGCCCAACUAAGUCCACACGCUCAUAUGGCGACGGAGAGGCGGCUGCUAAUAUCAGUGGAAGCUUGUCUGGUGGUCGUGGAGAUGUGUAUAACGAAACUGCAUUGAUAUGUUUAACGAAUAUGGGCGAUAUCAUGGUUUUAUCAGUACCUGAAUUAAAAAGACAGCUUAAUGCCGCAGCAGUGCGAAGGGAAGACAUUAAUGGAAUUUCGUCACUUUGCUUUACAAACUCAGGAGAAGCCCUUUAUAUGAUGUCUUCUUCUGAACUGCAGCGUAUUGCAUUAGCCACGUCAAGAGUAGUGCAACCCGCUGGCAUUGUUCAAGUAGAACCAUUAGAAAAUGAAGAGUCUGUGCUAGAAGAAAUUGAUGUAGAUAAUGAUAAGGAAACAUAUGCAUGUGAUGAAGUCGUGAAUACAGAUACAGAUCCACCAGCGAUUACAACAUCCACACGAAUUGCAGAGGAAAACGUUGAUAGAAAUAGUCUUCAGCAAAUUAAUGGAGUCUACAUGUCCAAUUCACCUAAUCAAGCUAACGAAACUAUCAGCAGCUCUAUUGGCGAUAUUACAGUUGACUCGGUGCGUGACCAUUUAAAUCUGACGACAACCACGUUGUGUUCUAUUAAUACAGAGGAGACCAUUGGUCGCCUAUCUGUGCUUAGCACGCAAACCAACAAAGCCACUACAACCGUGAACAUGAGCGAUAUUCCAAAUAUAAAUAUUUCCAAUUUAGAGGACUUGGAAUCAAAAAGAAAUACGACGGAGACAAGUAGUAGUUCUGUAGUAAUUAAAUCUAUAAUUACAAACAUAUCUCACGAAAAAACAAACGGAGACACCAAAAUAGGAACGCCAAAAACAGCGCCCGAAGAAAGCCAAUUUUAAUAAAUAAAAUUAUAUGCGAUUUGGAUACCAACAGAAAUGACAAAUGAUAAUAUUAGAAAUUUAUUUGUAAUUUGGCUUAGGCGAUAAUCUUGGAGAAUACUGUUCCAAACCCAUAUACUAUAUUCAUGAUUUUAAGUUGACCGCGACUGUUAUGUAAUGGUAAUAUAUCAUGUAUUUUCA